GCUGCCUGUUGUUUGGUGGUAACGUCAACGUCACGACGUCACUCACCACUUACCUUUUCUACGACCACAUGUAAAACCACGUGAAACAAACAGUUAUCUUCUGAUUAUACCUGACUCUACAGCUAAACAACGUUUGUAGAUGUCGUCAGUUAGCACCCUACACGGCUAGCUUUACAAUUACCACGUUGUGACGAAUCAUGUGUUGUAGGACCUCUGAUAAGCUUUAUACGUGCUCUGUACUUUCGUUCAGUACGCUCUGUAUUCCUGCGCAUCCUAACACAUUCUAAAUGAUGAAGAAAGUAGCUGUCAUUGGAGCUGGUGCUGCCGGCAUAAAUGCUGCUCGCCAUCUCAAGGAACGACAAGACGUUUUCGAUUUCACUGUGUUCGAGCAGACGAAUUCUGUUGGCGGAACAUGGUUUUAUACUGAUCACGUGGGAGUCAAUCCAUAUACUGGAAUUCCAAUUCAUUCCAGCAUGUACUGUGACUUGAGGACAAACCUACCGAUUGAAUGCAUGGCAUUUCCUGGUUUUCCGUUCCCAUCACCAAAAGCAGGGCAAUCGUUCGCACAUCACAGUGUGAUUUUAAAAUACCUAGAAAGUUUUUGUAGCCAUCAUCAACUGGAAAAGUUCAUCAAGUACAAUAAACGUGUGACAGAGGUGAAACCAAUCCUCAAAGGCCAGUCUAUCUCGUGGGAUGUCUACGUUGAGGAUAUCCAUGACAAGGAGAUCUUCCAUCAUAGCUUUGAUGCAGUCAUGAUUUGCACCGGGAGGUACUCAACACCAAUGGUUCCCCCUCUUCCGGGUAUUGAGAAGUACGCGGGUCGUGUCACACACAGCCAUGAUUAUCGUACAGCCCACUCGUUUACUGGUGAGACUGUGCUGGUGCUCGGUGCUGGACCAUCAGGAAUCGACAUCUCACUAGAAAUCGCUACCGUAGCAAAAAGGGUAUACCUGUGCCACAAUCAAUUAAGUCAAUUGAAAAAGGAUUUUCCCGCAACCAUUUGUCAGGAGGCUGGAAUUCUUCGCUUUGACGGAGGCCACACAGUUGUUUUGAAGAACGGCAAGACAAUUUCCGCCACGUGCGUCGUCCUAUGUACAGGGUACAAAAUGACCUACAGGUUCCUUUCUGCAGAGUGUCGCGUGACUACCGACGAGAACGUCGUCUUUCCACUCUAUAAACACAUGUUCCACGCGGACUUCCCUUCUCUGGCGUUUAUAGGAUUGCCCAUGAGGGUCAUUCCAUUCCUGGUGAUGGAUUAUCAGAACCGCUUUUUUCUGAGUGCCCUCGACGGUUCAGUAAAAUUGCCCAGUUGUAGCGAUAUGAGACUACAGGCCACGAUAGACUUGGAAAAUCACAUUAACGCUGGCCACGCCAAGAGGCACUUCCAUUGUCUGCCAAAUAGAAAGAUGUGGAACUACUUGGAAGACAUCGCCAACAUUUGCGGUUUGCACAAAGUGCCACAAUAUGUGAAAGACUUGUACGAUAUUACGUCCAAGGAGAGGGAAUACAAUUGUAAGUAUAAAGAUAUAAAAAUUAAACUUUUAGACGAUGGAACGGUACGCUACUGUUAUUAACACGAAAACCUAAACGUUUGGCCUAGCGUGUCCAUAUUUUGGCACAGAUCAAUCGAAGAUAGAUAUUUUGCAGGGUAAACAACCACGAACCAACCGCUGACUGCGACAUUUUCUACGUUAUAGUUUGAUAUGACGUUUCAUGUAAUACUUAUUUUCCGCAAUAUUGCCAACUGCAGUUUCGACAUGUUUAAUCUCUCAUUUGCUUUUUCCAAAUCAGACUUUGAUAUCUGAACAAAGAAUAGGGGCAUCAUGCUGGGUGCGUGCUAGGUGUAUUUACAUAGGUGUAUUCAAAUGUAGUUGAAGCAGGAUUAUUAUUAAAUAAAUGCUAGAAAACUGAAGAAUCAGUAAA